AAUCUCACACACUGGCACACACACCCUUCAACUCACAUUCAAACCUGCCCUCAGAUACGCUGCAGCACUUGCCUCGACACCUGCCCAGCAGUCAGCUACUGUGGGCACACACUCUUCUCCGCAGCUAAACACUGCACUUAAGCAACAAGAAAAUUAUUCACUCCAACCACCUGAAACAUGCUGAAUUUUUAGAACGAAGAAAUAUCUCAUUUUGUGUGUGGCUACUGACAAGAGGGGGGUGAAGGAGCACUCCCGCUUCAAACCCCGAGUAAGACCCCAUCUCAAAGAGCAGCAGAUGUGACAGAAGAGAGGCGGAGAGAGUAAUCCAAUCUCCCCCACCCUCUCUCCUCCACAAGAACAAUACCCAGCCUCCAGCUGGAGAGGGUCAGCUUUUGUCCUUCUCCCCACGCUCUCGCUCAAGAGUGAAGAGGCGACAGACGCGCUGACACAUUGACCCGCUGCAGUGAGAGGAGAAGACGGUGCAAAACAGCCGCUGCGCUCUGCAUGGUUUGAUUCAGUACUUGGACAGCUCCGGAGCAACAACCGGCGGGACUGCGCGGUUUUCCAUGAGAGUGUGGAGUGUCUGUCAGAUGAGGGACUGAAGCAGAUCUUCUUUGGAGACCACUAAAAAACACAAAUGCAGCCACCUUUUUCACUUCAGCUUGGCCUCAGUGGCCCCUCACCAUCCCUGGGAUCACAGAGCAGCACUGCCAGCUUCCAGCACCUGGGAGAGAAGCAGCUUUUUGAGAAGUUUUGGAAAGGGACUUUCAAAGCUGUGGCCACCCCAAGACCAGAGAGCGUUAUCGUGGCGAGUAUCACUGCCCGUAGGAGAGUUGCUGACUCAGUAACAGAAACUUGCGAACCGCUCAAGACUGAUGAGAGGAAAGCAGUGGACACACAGGUGGACGCUACAGAUAGGAACGGCUGCAUCAAAGGAAAUGGACGUAAACACCACAGCCACCGCAGGGCCAGGAGCCCCUCCUUUGAUGAUGAGUUCGUGCCUCGUCCGAAGAGGAAGAAGAAGAAGAGGAAAUCCGAACGAAAAAGGAAAAGAAAAAGCAUUAGGUCUCCUUCCUACAGCCUUUCCCCAGUCAGGAAGAAGAAAAAGAAGAAGAAGAAGAGCUCCAAGAAAAGCAAGCGGCACAGGUAUACCUCCAAGAAGUCAAAACGCAGCUCUUCAAGUUUAAAACAUAAGAGGAAGGAUGAACGCAAGCACAAGAAAAGUUCUCGGACUCGCUCGCGUCGGAGACGACGCUAUCAGAGGUCAGAGUCGGACGCUUCCUCCUGCCAAUCCUUCACAGAGGACAGACACCAUCUGCAAAAGUCUGUGGUUCAUCAGGCUUUUGGAGGCCUGGCAGCUGUUGGAGAGGAGACCCGAGCAGAACUCAACCACAUGGACACAAAGUGGAGACGUGCAACCAAAUCAGUGUGUAAAACGGCUCCAAAAUAUCGCUCCAUCCUCUCAACCUGCACCAUUUUACCUUCAAAGCCUGGAAGCAUGGUUAAAAGUGGAAGUGGAUAUCAGGGAUUAUCAAGUCGUACUGAAGGUCCCCAUGAUUACGAUUCUGGUAAUGACACAUCAUCACCUCCGUCGAGCAAAACUGGUAUUUCUCGGGCGAGUGUCACAGAGUACAAGAGGAACCUCUGUCAACGUCCUGCCUCACCAGAGAAGCUAAAGCUUGCUGACCGAGAUAAUGCCUCUGAUUCAGGAAAUUCUGUGACCAGCUACACUUCCUCGUGCAAACCUUACAGGGAGGACUGCUUGUCUGCACCCCUUUUAGGUUCAAACAGCAAGAGUGAGCUGAUAACCUUGGCCUGUCAGGUAGAGGUUGUGAGGUCCCCAAAGACAACCAGCUGUGAGCAGAGGAGGAGUGGGUCAUCUCGAAGGCGGAUGAAAACCCGGUCAUCUAGCAGCAGGAGCAGGACCAGAUCCUCAGGGAGUUCCAGAUACUCGGGCCGCUACUCUCGAAGCCCCUCGUUGUCAUCUUGCAGUUCAUACUCUCGCUCUCAGAGUACUUCAGUGAGGCGAAGAGGCAGCAGUGCUAGCUUGAGCUCCAGAGGAAGCUACUCCAGAUACAGUGUUGACAGACUACAAGGCCGGAAGAAACCAGCCAGCUCCAGAGAGAAAAGUGCAAAGCACACACAAAAGGUUGGAGGGAAAAGACGAAGACGCAAAUCUUACUCUCCUAUGAAGAAGAGGAGGAGAGACUCACCGAGCCAUCUGGAAGCACGUCGAAUUACAAGCGCGAGGAAGCGACCCAUCCCUUACUUCCGACCCAGCCCUUCAUCAAGCAGUCGCUGCACCAGUGUGUCAUCCUGGAGCAGCCUCUUCACGCGCAGCCGCAGUCGCAGCCCGAUGCAUAGCAUCAGCCGCAGUCGCAGCCGGAGCUACUCCUCCUACAGGAGCUACAGCCGCAGCUCGUCGUGGAACUCCAUCUUUGGGACUUGUAGUCGCAGCCGCAGCAAUUCGUUAAACAGACGCAAAAAAACCAGGCAUUAGUCUCUCAGAGGACACUGAGAGGUGGAUACCUUUGUUUCGUGUUUUAGUGGAGAGGGAGGAUAGCGGCUGCUGGAGCAAUCAGCUGUUAUGCGUCUUUGUGCUUGAGCGGUGGUUCAACCACUUUUUCCACUGAGGCAGUUCUGUUCUUUCUGCCCACACAGAGACCGCAGGAGACUGAGUAUUAUUUUGUUUGUUCUGUAUUCACUCGCAUCAGCACUAACAGUCUGAGACUGUUUAUCUUGUGAAGCAAACACAUAAAAUGAAACACUCAUCUUGUAUUUAUUUAAUCAACAACCUCAUUCCAUAAUGUUAAUUCAAUAUAUCUUCACUCAGCCCAUUCAGUUGUGCUCAUACAUGAUUUGAAACAGCUUCACAAGUAAAUAUUUGAUGAAUUAUUGAUGGUAUAUAAUGCCCAACAAAAGCUCUAAGACACUGAAAUGGCUUAAUACCCAUCAUGGUUCUAACUCAUGAUGCAAGUAUAUUUUAAUCAUAUGCAAGCAGUGGUGUUUAACAGGACGUCAGAUAUUUACUGUCCUUUGUCAGGCCUCCAUGACCCAGAUUUUACACCCAAGAAAAAUGAAAGAUCGAGGUAACCUUCGAGCCGUUUGAUCCAGGUGUUUACAAGAGGCUUCUAGGGGAUCGUUAUCAGGAAUCAGGAAAAGGUUUAUCUCAGCACUUCACAAGGUGGAGAACAAACAUAUUUACUAAGCGUAGGUGCUGCCUGUCAGCCCAAAUGUCAAAUUAAUUUAGCCUGUGAUCAAGUAGAAAAGAAUUGAAAUGUCAGUCUGUGUAAUGCAGCAGAGAGCGAUCGAAGCAGCAUUUCCACAGUUCCACUCGUGGUAGUUCCCUUAAAGGUGGAUGGUGAGUGAGAUGUUCGUUGAUGCUGUUUUGAGAAAAUGAUGCAUUAUGAUAAAUGACUUUUUCUUAGCUUGAGCACUUGAAUUCUUUUGUAAUUGUCUGUUUUUUACUGUAUGAGUUUUAUUCUAUGGCUCCUUUGGAUGUUAUGGCAUAAAUAGGUACUUGGA